UCUUGUAGCUCCUUUGAGACUCACUGAAAGAAAAAAGUUGGCAGCAUGAGCUUUCGUAAAUGUCAGUCUACUUCCUCAGAUACAUUGCAUCCGAUGGUGUAAAGUGAGCCAGCCACUUCAAGCUGGCAGGACAGACCUCUGAACCUUCAAAACGGAUUAUGAAUGCUUCUGAGACCUGGCUAUUCAAUGGUUCCUCACUAGCAUCUCAGGUUCAUGCCGCUGCUGUUAACGGGCACAAGAGUGCUCUUCUAAAGCAAAUAGCAGGUGAUCCUGAUCUGAAAGACAAAGAGGACCAGUUUGGGAGAACUCCACUCAUGUACUGUGUCUUGGCAGAUAGGCUAGAGUGUGCUGAAGCUUUGUUGAAGACUGGCAUAGAUCUUAAUAAAGUUGACCAUACUGAACGGACAGCUCUUCAUCUUGCUGCUCAAAAGGGAAACUACCGCUUUAUGAAACUUUUACUUAGUCGCAGAGCAAACUGGAUGAAGAAGGAUUUGGAAGGAAUUACUCCGUUACAUUUAACGACCCGCCACAAGAGUCCAAAAUGCUUAGCUUUGCUGCUAAAAUACAUGGCACCAGGAGAAGUAGACACACAGGACAAGAACAAGCAAACCGCUCUUCACUGGAGUGCCUAUUACAAUAACCCAGAACACGUGAAACUUCUAAUUAGGCAUGAUUCGAAUAUUGGAAUCCCAGACAUAGAAGGAAAAAUUCCACUUCACUGGGCAGCUAACCACAAGGAUCCCAGUGCAGUCCAUACUGUCAAAUGCAUUUUGGAUGCUGCUCCAACUGAAUCUCUGCUGAACUGGCAAGAUUAUGAAGGCCGAACUCCCCUCCAUUUUGCAGUUGCUGAUGGGAAUGUGGCUGUUGUUGAUCUACUGACAUCCUAUGAAGGCUGCAAUGUUACCUCUUAUGAUAAUUUAUUUCGAACUCCUCUUCACUGGGCAGCUUUGUUGGGUCAUGCGCAGAUAGUUGACCUUCUUUUAGAAAGAAAUAAGAUUGGGACCAUCCCAUCAGACAGCCAAGGGGCAACACCUUUACACUAUGCAGCACAGAGCAAUUUUGCUGAAACAGUUAAAGCAUUUUUGAAACAUCCCUCUGUAAAAGAUGACUCAGACCUUGAAGGAAGAACAUCUUUUAUGUGGGCUGCUGGGAAAGGCAGUGAUGAUGUCAUCCAGACAAUGCUGAAUUUGAAAUUGGACAUUGAUAUCAACAUGGCUGAUAAAUAUGGUGGCACAGCAUUACAUGCUUCUGCCCUUUCUGGCCAUGUCAGCACUGUGCAAUUGCUGCUAAAACAUGAAGCCCAGAUAGAUGCUACUGACGUAAUGAAACACACUCCACUUUUCCGUGCCUGUGAGAUGGGACAUAAAGAAGUGAUACAGGCUCUCAUUAAAGGAGGAGCAAGAGUGGACUUGGUUGACCAAGACGGCCAUUCUCCAUUACACUGGGCAGCUCUGGGAGGAAACCCUGAUGUCUGUCAAAUUUUGAUAGAAAAUAAAAUCAAUCCCAAUGUGCAAGAUUAUGCUGGUAGAACUCCACUGCAGUGUGCUGCCUAUGGGGGCUACAUUAAUUGCAUGGUGGUGCUAUUGGAGAAUAAUGCAGAUCCAAAUAUUCAAGAUAAACAGGGAAGGACCGCACUACAUUGGUUAUGUAAUAAUGGCUAUCUUGAUGCUGUCAAGUUGCUGCUGGGGUUUGGUGCCUUUCCUAAUCACAUGGAGAACAACGAAGAAAGAUACACUCCACUUGAUUAUGCCUUGCUGGGAGGCCACCAUGAAGUAAUCCAGUUUAUGUUGGAACAUAAUGCAUUAUCCAUAGCUGCCAUUCAGGACAUUGCAGCCAUCAAAAUACAGACAGUCUAUAAAGGAUACAAAGUUAGAAAAACAUUCCAAGAUAGGAAAAAUCUUCUCAUGAAGCAUGAACAGCUGAGGAAAGAUGCUGCUGCCAAGAAACGUGAAGAAGAAAAUAGAAGGAAAGCCUCUGAGCUGCGGAAAGAAACAGAGGAUUCCAUGAGUGGCAAAGUCCAAGUACAGCAGGAGGAUCUUUCAGAGGGUUACAUGAGACUUCACGCUCCACAUAACCCUAUUCAGCAUAGCAACAUAAUACAAAACCAACCAGGAAAAAGUGGGAGAAGCUCAGCCACAAUCCUAUCUAAUAAAGUAACCACCAAGAAAAAUAGUCACUCCACUAAGCUGUUUGGAGAAGAUCACAAAAGACAAAUGGAGAAAACAAACAGCAAAUGCAAGUCUGCCUGUGUAUCUUCCCAUUCCAGUGAGGAAAAUGAUGGAUCUUGGCAUCAAGCGGAAGCAAAACACCAAACUACAUCUGCUACAUCAGAUAGUGAUAGUAAAAAAACCAAGGAACCUACUAUCAGAACAAAUAGCAGUUUUAUGCAUGCCAAAAAAAGGCAUAGUAACCUAAAGAAAGCUGCCAGCUGUGAGGAGAAAUCAGAAAAUCAAAGACAGUCAAUAACUAAUUAUUUAAAUAAUUGUGAAGAAACAGCAGCUUGUAUUCAGAGCAAUAACUACACUAAUGAGAGCACAAGGAAUCCAAGACAGUAUAAAACAGUACUUAAUGGGAACACACAACAUCUCAAAACAAGCAGAAGAGAGUUAAAUUGUGAGAGAUGGUCUCCAGCUAGUUACAGCAGACCAUGCCAUGCCAGAAGGGGAAGUGUGGACUGCAGAAGAGAUGCUCCCACUGCUGCUGCUGCACAAAAUAAUGUGAUAAAUAAGGUCUAUCCUUCGGUGGCCAGCAAUGCGAGGACUUCCAGGCUACUUUGUGGCAGUAUGGCUGUGGAUAGUGGCCGUGAAGACAGUGCAAAACUGAACAGCAAUGCUGCAGUGACACCCAGGAAUUCAGAGCUGUGCUUUGUUCAGCACAAGGGCACAAAUAUUGAAAACAUCCCAUUAGAAAUAUGUAAACAGGUAAUAGAGAAGGAAAGGGUGCGAAAAGAGCUCUUCCGGGAGAAGAACUGUGCUGCCAACGUAAUUCAAAAGGCUUGGAGAAGAUACCGGUUAAGAAAACAGUUUCUUCAGCUCUUUAAUGUUAAGCGGCAGAGCAAGGAAGAAGAAAACAAGUGGCGUCAAGAAACAGCAGCCUUUUGCAUUGAUGUCACUUGGAACAAGCAGUUGAGGCCUGCCCAUUUGAAAAUAGCUACUCCAGGCAAAAAUCUAAAGUCUGUAAACAAGAACACCUCGGAUGUAAAUUCUACAGAAAAGUCAUCUACCCUGAAGCAGAUAUAUGGGUGCUCUCAAGAGGGAAGAGUUCAUCAUCCAGUUUGGCCUCCUUCAUCAAAGUACAAAGUUUGUGAAUUACAGACGUUAUCAGCAAGUGGAUUGCAGUACCUUUGCCUGCUGGAGAACACAGGAAAAUCUAAACAAUUUUCAUACAAUAUGAAGCCUACUACAACAAUCAGAACAAAGCACAUAAGAUGCAGGAAUGAAAGUAAGACUGAGCUAUAGCAGAAGAACAUAUCAAUUAUACAAGAAAAAUUAAUAGUAUUUUUAUCAGUGUACUCACAUAAGUGGUCUUAAACAGUUCUAGGGCACUAUAACUCUCUUAUGCACUUGAAACAGUAUUGAAACUUAAUAAACUGUAUAAUAUUGGGAAAACUGUUUUAUUGUAAAUUACUAGAAUGUUCUUAUCUCUGUAUAAAUAAGUGUAAAGCUACACAUCAUGUUUCUUGAAUAACUUUUCUAUAUAUAAUUAAUUUGUGUAUGUUUCAAAAACUCAGUAAGACAGAGAGGCGGAGUAUAAGGACAGGUUGCAUACUUGUAACAGUAUUUCUUCGAGUGGUCAUCUGCGAAUGCACACAAAUGGGUUGUACUGUGCCUGCGCAGUGCUGCUCAGAAAAUGUCUGGAAUCAC